GGGUACAUGCAGGUGCAUGUAUAACACAAGAGGUGCCUGUAGGAAGCUGAAUCAAUCCAUAUUUCUGUUCUCCUGCCUGCAGCUGUUGGGGAGGAAGACCAUGUGGACCCUGGUGAGCUGGGUGGCCUUAUGGGUAGGGCUGGUGGCUGGAACACAGUGCCCAGAUGGCCAACUCUGCCCUGUGGCCUGCUGCCCGGACCCGAGAGGAACUGGCUACAGCUGCUGCAACCCUGUCCUGGACAAGUGGCCUACAACGCUGAGCCAGCGUCUGGGCAGCCCCUGCCAGACUCAUGCCCACUGCUCUGCUGGCCAUUCCUGCAUCCUCACCAUCGCUGGAACUUCCAGUUGCUGCCCCUUUCCAAAGGCCGUGUCAUGUGGGGAUGGCCAUCACUGCUGCCCCCAGGACUUCCACUGUAGUGCUGAUGGGCAAUCCUGUUUCCAGAGAUCAGGUGCGACAGGGGCUGGGGGGCAGCUCCAGGGACCGGAGGGAGCAGGAGAGGAUAUAGAUAAUGACCUCUUGGGUGCUGUCCAGUGCCCUGAUAGCCAGUUCGAAUGCCCCGACUCCUCCACAUGCUGCAUUAUGCUUGAUGGCUCCUGGGGAUGCUGCCUCUUGCCCGAGGCUUCUUGCUGUGAAGACAGGGUGCACUGCUGUCCCCAUGGGGCCACCUGUGACCUGGUUCACACCCUCUGUGUCACACCCACAGGCACCUUCCCCCUAGCAAAGAAGUUCCCUGCACAAAGAAGCACUAAUAGGGCAGGCCUAGCUCCUCUUCCAGUGGCUUUGCCCAGCUCAGUUCUGUGUCCUGAUGCACGGAGCCAGUGCCCUGAUGAUUCUACCUGCUGCAAGCUGCCCAAUGGAAGCUAUGGCUGCUGCCCAAUGCCCAAUGCCAUUUGCUGCUCCGACCACCAGCACUGCUGCCCCCAGGACACUGUGUGUGACCUGACCCAGAGCAAGUGCCUCUCCAAGGAGAAUGACACUACAGACCUCCUGAGCAAGCUGCCUGCACACACAGUGCAGGAUGUGAAGUGCGACAUGGAGGUGAGCUGCCCAGAUGGCUAUACCUGCUGUCGUCUUCAGACAGGAGCCUGGGGCUGCUGCCCAUUUACACAGGCUGUGUGCUGUGAGGACCAUAUUCACUGCUGCCCGGCAGGAUAUAAGUGUUACACUGAGAAGGGAACCUGUGAACAGGGAAGCUUCCAGAUACCCUGGAUGAAGAAGAUCCCAGCCCGCCUCAGUCUGCCAGACCCACAGUCCUUGAAGAAUGAUGUUUCCUGUGAUGAUGUUACCAGCUGUCCCCAAUCCAGCACCUGCUGCCGACUAAUUUCUGGGGAAUGGGGCUGCUGUCCUAUCCCAGAGGCUGUCUGCUGUUCGGACCACCUGCACUGCUGUCCCCAGGGCUACGUAUGUGUGGCUGAGGGAAGGUGUCAGAAGGGAAACAAGCUAGUGGCUGGACUAGAGAAAAUGCCUGCCCGCAAGGCUCCCCAGAACCACACAGGAGACACUGGCUGUGACCAGCAUACCAGCUGCCCAGUGGGGCAGACCUGCUGCCCAAACCUGAGUGGGGGCUGGGCCUGCUGCCAGCUGCCCCAUGCUGUGUGCUGUGAGGACCGGCAACAUUGCUGCCCGGCGGGGUACACCUGCAAUGUGAAGGCCCGAUCCUGUGAGAAGGAAGUGGACGCUGCCCGUCCUGCCGCCCGCCUGCUUCUCGGCCCUAAUGAGGGUGUGGAUGAUGUGGAGUGUGGGGCAGGACACUUCUGCCAUGAUAACCAAACCUGCUGCCAAAACAGCCGAGGGGACUGGGCCUGCUGUCCCUACCAUCAGGGUGUCUGCUGUGCAGAUCGGCGGCACUGCUGUCCUAGAGGCUACCGCUGUGGGGCCAAGGGAACCAAGUGCUUGCGCAGGCAGAACCCGCGCUGGGAUAACCUUUCCGCCUUCCCAGCCCCCAGACAGCUGCUGUAAGGAGGAGCUGAGGAACAGAAGACACUUCUCAGCCCUCUGGACCUUGUCCAGAGGGCAUCCACCUGCUCAGGCCUCCCUCGCUCCUUUUCCCCCUAAUUAUCCCUGACCCCCCCAACUCUGAAUUACUCCACUACCAUGGAAGGUGGGGGCCUCGAUCUAAGGCCUUCCUCAUUUAGGGGACAGUGGCAAAAGCCACAUUACAAUACAAACUGCCACCCCUUCGCCCAAUUUCUUUGGACCCUGUGGCCAGGUGCUUUCCCCUAUCCACAGGUGGUGUGUGUGUGUGUGUACGCGCGUGCGUGUGCUCCAAUAAAGUUUGUACACUUUC